AAAAAAAGAGAACGCUUGACUUCCGCUUCACAGUUGACUCCUAGUCAUGGCCGUGGUUGUUCUGCUUCUUCUCAUCUCUGUGCUGGAUACAGUUAAAGGCUCUGAAACUCGGUUUGUGAAGAAAGGAUCAGACCUGCUGCUGGAUGUAGACAAAAAUGCAAUUAAACAAGGAGAUGAUUUUAGUUGGAAAUGUAACUCUACUUUUGUUGUAAAAUUUAAUGAUGGCACUCAACCCUCAGUCAAGGGGAAAUAUGAAGGUAGAUCAUAUUUUUUUAAACAAAACUAUUCUGUGGUAAUAAGAAAUGUUCAACAUGAAGACAGUGGAAACUAUAAGGCAAGAGCAAGUGGAGAAGAAGAGAGGAUUAUAGCUGAUUACACUGUCAUAGUCCAAGAUCCAGUGACUCCAGUCAAAUUAACAACACAUUCAUUGGAUGCCCGGGACUGUAAUUUCACUGCAACUUGUAAAGUGGUUGAUUCUGAAGUUAGUGGCAUCUAUCAAUGUUACAAUCAGACCUGCCGUGCACUGAGCAAACCAGAUGUGAAGGACUCUUUGCUGACGGUCUACAUACAGGAGGGCUCUGUUGUAUGUAACCAUAGCAACAAUGUAAGCUGGACAAAUGAUACACAGCCUUUAGUAUCUCCCUGCAAGAACGAACCAGCAGUCUUAAAUACAGGCACCAUAGCUGGGAUAUCAGUGGCAGUGGCAGUGGCAGUGGGUUGUCUUUUAUUUGGGCUGUUCAGAUUUUGGAAAAGAAAAGGGAGUGCAAAUACAGUGUAUGAAGUUCCUCAGGAAAACCCACAAACAAAUCCCUAUGAAUCUCCUGCAGAGGUUACAACGUCUUCUUCACCAACAUCAACUUAUGCAUUGGUGCAGUUUUCCCAUCGUCUUGAACAGCCGAAUGAUACUGGAACCUGCCCAAACAAACAGCCUGAAACAAUUUAUGCACAGGUUAACAGAGUUGAUAAGAACAAAUCCAAACCUGUGACAUCCAACAGAUGACAAAGGAACAACAUUUAUUGU